ACAUGCACCCCAUUAAGUUAUGGUCUACAUCAUCUUUAAACUUCUCCACCGCACUUUGCUUUUUUGUGUCACUGACUUCCUCUCAGCGCACUAGGCUGUGCUCACUUCCUCCUUCAGUCCCCUGUGUCACUGUAUUUAGGGACAGUUUUAUUCAUACCACUGUUGACAAUUUCCUGGACACUCUUUUGUAUCAUGCCCGUUAUUGGAAGCUGAAGGCAGAACAACAAUGCAGAACAUCAAGUGUGUCGUGGUUGGAGACGGUGCGGUUGGGAAGACCUGCCUCCUGAUUUCCUUCACCACCAACGCCUUUCCUAAAGAAUACGUUCCCACCGUGUUUGACAACUACAGUGCACAGCUGGCUGUAGACUCUAAAGUCAUCAGCCUGAAUCUGUGGGACACCGCGGGACAGGAGGAGUACGACCGUCUACGGACCCUCUCCUACCCACAGACCAACGUCUUCAUCAUCUGCUUCUGCAUCGUCAACCCCUCGUCCUACGAGAACGUCAAGCUAAAGUGGUACCCUGAGGUGUCGGAACACUGUCCUAAUGUGCCCAUCCUGCUGGUGGGGACUCAAAAGGAUCUGAGAGAUGAUCCAGAGGUGCUGAAGAAGCUCAAGGAGAGGAACCUGUCGGUGGUGUCCCAGCAGCAGGGGGCGGCGCUGGCCCGACAAAUCAAGGCCAGCAAGUACAUGGAGUGUUCAGCGCUCAGCCAGGACGGGGUGAAGGAGGUGUUUACAGAAGCAGCUCUCGCUUUCCUCCACCCCAAAUCAAAAGCCCGCAAGAAAUCGUGUGUGCUACUUUAAAUGGGACGGGACAUGAACAUAUGUAUUUUUUAUGGGGUAUUUGUUUCAUCACAUGUACAUAUGAACAAAAAUCACACUUAAUAAAACGUACAAAUGUCUUUACAUUAUAUACAGUACAACAAAAUAUCAUACUAAGUGGUAUUUAUUUCAAGGGGAAAUAAAAUAAUAAAUGAUAGGAUUCAAAUAAUAAAUCAGUACAAACACACUGUAAAUGCUCAACAUAAUUAAACAGAUUAGUCAAUCGUGUGCACAAGAGUGCACAGAACUGACACAUUAUAAGUCAGUGUUUUGAAUUUAAUGAACUUGUUUCUUUUUCAUUUAGAGGAACUUGAAUUUAACUGAAACUGGGCUGGGGAUUUCUAUUUCCCAGCACGCUUUGCCAUGGCACUCAACAUGGAGAGUACAUGCUACAUAA